AUGAAUCGUAUUUUAGUAGCAAAUAAUGGCAUCUAAUACUAAAUUAAAAAUGAGCUUGGUAGUGGUUCAUUUGGUACUGUUUACUAAGUGAUUGAUCUAUCAUUGAAUAAGAAUUAUGCUUGCAAAAUAGUUAGUUAUAUCUAUAUUUCUAGAUUUCAAAGGCACUGCUAUAAAAAUAUAAUGCAGAAAAAAUGAUCCGAUAAGAAAUUUAGAUAUAGUAAAUGAUUACUCAUAAGAAUAUUGUAAAGGUAGUUAACUCUUUUGAAGAUAAUAAUAAUAUUUAUAUCAUUUCUGAGUUUUGUUCUAGAGGAACUUUGAAACAACCUAUCCUACCUUAUUAAGAGAAGGAAAUUUUCAAUAUAACCCAUUCCUUAUUAAAUGCUCUUGAUUGUUUACAUUCAAAUAAUAUAAUUCAUAGAGAUUUAAAGGUAUUAUAAUGUUGAGUAAUCUUUUUAUUAUAGUUGGAAAAUAUCUUUAUAAAUGAAGAAGGAAUAUACAAAUUAGGAGACUUUGGAUGGGCUGCAUAUACAGAUUAAAUUGAACCAGUAAUUUGUGGAACUACUGAGUAUAUGCCACCUGAAGUAGUACUCAAAUAAAAACAUGAUUCAAAAGUUGAUUCUUGGUCUUUAGGUGUUUUAAUUUAUGUAAAAUAUUUUAAUCAUUCUAUUAUAGAUCUUAGUUCAUACUAAUUAUCCUUUUAGAGCAUAAUCAUAAUCUGAAUUGAUUUCAUAAAUUAUAACUAAUGAAAUUAUUGUAAACAAAUUAAUUGAUGAAGACUUAUAAAUUUUAAUUUUAGCUUUAUUGACUAAGGAUUCUUCAUAAAGACCAACUAUAUAAUAACUCUUUAUGAGUAAAUGGAUUAAAAAAUAAAUGAAAUUUUACAACAUUUUCAAUAAAUAUGAAAAUUAACAAUUGAAAAAUAAAAUCUUAUCCAAAAACCUUGCAAUUAAAAUUAUUGAUGUUAAGUAAUAUUUUAUUAUUCUAUUCAAGUGGAUCUGUUAAAAAUUGUUUGGCUGAUAGUUAGAAAAGUUCUCUUACAUAAAGUACUAGUACUUAAAUUAGUUCAUCUAACUAUCCCUGUUCACCAUCUUUAAGUAAAACAAAUAUUGAUCAAAUUUUUUCAUUUAAAGAUGAAGACAAUAUCGUAUCUGUUCCAUAACCUAAAUUUGGCUGA